CGCACGAUGACGCGGCGCGCGGCGCGGUGCACGCUGGGAUAUUUAAGUCUCCUCCGCGGCGCGGAGCCGCGAUGUCUCCGGCGGCUGCGGCGGCUGGCGGAGGCGAGCGGCGGCGGCCGAUAGCGAGCGCCAGGGACGGCCGGGGCCGGGGCGGGGGCUGCGGUGGGUCGGCCGGGGCGGCGCUCCUCGGCCUGUCGCUGUUCGGCCUCGUGCUGUACCUGGUGCCGGCGGCGGCGGCGCUGGCCUGGCUGGCCGUGGGGGCCACCGCGGCCUGGUGGGGACUGAGCCGCGAGCCCCGAGGUUCGCGCGCCCUCUCCUCGCUGGUUCGGAGCGCGCGGCGUCAGCGAGCACUGCACGCCUCGCCCCCGGCCAAGUCGGCGGUAAACGGAAACCUCCUCGAGCCGCGGAGCCCGCUCGAAGGACCCGACCCCGCUGAACUGCUCCUCAUGGGCAGUUACCUGGGCAAGCCCGGCCCCCCGCAGCCUGCCCCCGCCCCGGAGGCCAGGGACCUGCUGGAGAGGCCUGGCCGCCGCCGUGCGUCUGCCCGCGCCGCGCCGCCCGCGCACUCGCCGCAUCGCGCUCACCACAUUCACCCCUCUCUCCCCACUCCUCUUCUCCGAUCCUCUAGGAAGCCUUCCCACCGGGAUUGUGGGACUUUAUCAAACCGGUUUGUAAUAACACCUCGAAGACGAUACCCAAUCCAGCAGGCCCAGUAUUCCCUUCUGGGGGUACUUCCUACAGUGUGCUGGAAUGGUUGUCACAAGAAGACUGUGCUGUCUGUUCGUAAUUCCAAAAUGGUGUGCAGCCCAGUGACAGUGAGGAUUGCUCCUCCCGAUAGUAAAUUGACUCGGUCGCCAAUACCAGAGCAGAUAAUCAACUCCACACUGUCCUCACCAUCAAAUAGUGCCCCAGACCCGUGUGCAAAGGAAACUGUAUUGAGUGCCCUCAAGGAGAGGAAGAAAAGGACAGUGGAAGAAGAAGACCAAAUAUUUUGUGAUAACCAGGAAAAUAAAAGAAGGCGCCAUGAUAGCAGUGGGAGUGGACAUUCAGCAUUUGAGCCCCUGGUGGCCAAUGGAGUCCCUGCUUCUUUUGUGCCUAAGCCUGGCUCUCUGAAAAGAGGUCUCAAUUCCCAGAGCUCAGAUGACCACUUGAAUAAGAGAUCCCGCACCUCUUCCAUGAGCUCCUUGACAAGCACCUAUACCGGUGGCAUCCCUAGCUCCAGCCGCAAUGCCAUUACCAGUUCUUACAGUUCUACUCGAGGUUUCUCUCAGCUUUGGAAGAGAAGCGGGCCCAGCUUGUCACCCUUCUCCAGCCCAGCCUCGUCCCGCUCGCAGACACCAGAGAGGCCAGCAAAGAAAAUAAGAGAAGACGAGCUUUCUCACCGCUCCAGUUCUUCAACUCCUUUGGCAACAGACAGGGAGGCCCAGGGAGAAAAGGCAGCAGAUACAACCACAUGGAAGGCGCAGAACUCGUGGACCUCCCCCCCCACACCUGGCAGCUCUGGGCAGCGGAAGCGGAAGAUUCAGCUCCUACCCUCCCGGCGAGGGGCCCGGCUGACCCUGCCCCCACCUCCCCAACUUGGCUACUCCAUCACUGCCGAAGAUCUAGACUUGGAAAAAAGGGCUUCCCUGCGGUGGUUUAACAAGGCCUUGGAGGAUGGGACUGAUACCGCUACUGACUCUAUCCCUGAGAAGCCCCCUACCACUCAGCCUCCUUUGACGUUUACCCUGCCGACUACGGGGACCACCGCCUCCCCAGCCACCCUCCCGGCCCCGAGCACCAACCCGUUGCUGGAGAGCUUGAAGAAGAUGCAGAGUUCUGCAGGCCUGCCCGCCGCCUCGGAAUCUGCCGGAGUGGCAACCACUGGGGUCCAUACGCCUCCCAAGACACCCAGCCUUCUGGCCUCUCUUGGCUCUUCACAGUCAGGACCCCUUCCAGGCACCUCCUCGGACUCCAAAUCCACAGUCACUUUCUUGGGGCUGACCCCUGCUGCCUCCCCGAUCCCAGCCACUGACCCUGCGAAGCCCUCUCCAGCGCCUCAGGCUGAGACAUCUGCCAAGUCCCCAGCCCCGGCUGCCCCGUCCCCCACUCCCAAGCACAGUCUUCUUUUGGGAAUGCUGAGCAACCCACCUGCCGACCCCCCUACCUCUGCAGUCUCUGCUGUGUCCUCAGCAUCUCCCAUGUUCAAGCCCAUCUUCCUGGCCCCACCAAAAAGUGAGAAUGAGGGCCCCUUGCCAUCCAGCCCGUCCAAGGUCACCACCGCGACACCUUCUAGCUCUGCCCUCCCCGCACCUGCCAGCAGCCCCAAGCUCACUUUCGAGCCGAUCUUUGGCAGCAUGGGGCCCCCUGCGUCUGUGCCCUCGUCGGUCCCCUUCUCCUUCAGUCAGACAGCUGCUCCAGCCACUGCCACGAGCGCCCCUCUUUUCACCGGCCAGGCCGGUGCCACCUCAGCCGUGGCUCCCGUGAGCACAGCCAGCACAUCCACAGACUCCGCUUCAAAGCCCACAUUCAGCUUCGGUGUGAGCAGCGUGACCAGCACCACCACUUCCGCUGCCCAGCCUUUCCUCUUUGGGGCUUCCCCUGCCUCCGGUGCCAGCUUUGCCCCAGCCGUGGGCUCCAUAUUCCAGUUUGGCAAGCCUCCUACGGUGCCCGCGUCGACGACGGUCACGACCUUUGUCCAGUCUCUCCCCGGGGCCGUGCAGACAACGGCCAGCAGUAGCAGCGGCACCACCGGCUUCAGCGGUUUCGGCGGCAGCCUCAGCACCCCCACCCCGGUCACCGGCAGCCAGCCGGCACCAACCUUCACUAGCACCACCACGCCGGCGUUCCACAUUCCCUUCGGCUCAAACACCAAGCCCCCCCUCUCUUCGUACCCAGGAGUCAACCCCCAGCCCACGUUCGGGGCCACCGACGGGCAGCAGCAGGGCGCCGCCAAGCCGGCCCUUGCCCCGAGCUUUGGCAGCUCUUUCACUUUCGGGAACUCCGCGGCCGCAGCUCCAGCUGCGACCCCAGCGCCUAGCCCAGCCCAGCCCGCCUUCGGAGGCGCCACGCAGUCCAGCUUCAGUGGUUUGAAGCCCGCGGCGUCCGCCUUCGGCACCCCUGCCAGCACCCAGCCGGCCUUUGGCAGUGGCACGUCCAUGUUCUCCUUCGGGGCGGCCACUGCCUCCAGCUUCGGAGCUACGACCCAGACCACCAGCGGUGGGACCACCAGCUCCGUGUUCGGCAGCACGACGCUGGCGCCCUUCCCGUUCGGGGGCUCCACUGGCCCGGCUGGCAGCGGGGGCUUCGGGAUCAACGUGGCCACCCCCGGCACCAGCUCCGCCUCCGGAGCGUUCAGCUUCGGCACGGGACAGAGCGGCACCGCUGGCAGCACGACCCCUUUUGGAGGCGGCUUGAGUCAGAGCACGCUGGGCGCACCCAUCCAGAGCACACCCUUUGCCUUCAGUGUGGCAAGCACGCCCGACAGCAAGCCCGUGUUUGGAGGCACCUCCGCACCCACCUUUGGUCAGAACACCCCUGCCCCCGGGGUGGGCGCGUCGGGCAGUGGUCUCUCCUUUGGGGCGUCCUCAGCACCCACCCAAGGCUUUGUUGGAGUCGGAUCUUUCGGAUCGGCGGCUCCUUCAUUUUCCAUUGGUGCAGGAUCCAAGACCCCGGGGGCUCGGCAGCGGCUGCAGGCCCGCAGGCAGCACCCCCGCAAGAAAUAGCCUUUGGCCUUUGCCCCAUUCCGUAACUCCCCACCCCCCUCACCCUUGCCCAAAUCUGGACCUCAGCACCUGCUAGGAAGAGCCUCUGACCCUUCUAGUUCCAUAAAGCAACCCUACCCCCGAUCUCUGGCUCCCACCACCAGGGAGGUGGCGGUGGCCCCGGUGGCCGGUUCCUGCUCCGUGAGGGAGGCCGGGGUGAGGCCGGGGUGCGUGGGGCAGGAGCCUGAUCCCUUUACUUGAACAGCUCCGUGGUGAGGCUGGAGAGAACGAAAGAAACGUCUGUACAUACUGUCCUCGUCCUUCCCUGGCUCUUGUCUGGUGUAUGAGCUUGGUCAGGUGGCCUCCCUUCCCGCCCCGAGGGCCGUCUCGGCUGACGGGGACGAAAGCACGGCCCUGGCCCACGUACUUUGCCGCCGAGCAGUGGAUGACAGGAGUCGGGGAAGCGGGUCAGCCCCGCAGCUUUACCUUGCCUGGCUUGCCUGUAAACGUGGUUCUCCGCGGGUCCCAUAGGGGCCUCUGCUUCCCCAGUUCUUGCUGCUUCGUCCCUCCCUGGUUCCCUGCAGGGUGUACUCCUUUUUAAAGGACCUUGAAUCUAGCUUUGCCUUGGAGACCCCAGUGGGUGCUGCUCCUGCUGGUCCACUUCCUCCUGCCAAGUCUGAGUCCGUGUUUGUCCUCAGCCCUCUGCCAGUUUGGCCCCUAAAAGCUGGGUGGCUCGAGACUGUUAGCCUUGUAGAGCUGCAGGGGAGAUACCUCGCUCCCGGGGAGCAGGAAGGGGGGAGGGAGCAGGCAGGACAUCCUCCGCUGCCUCCUCCUCGCCGCCCGCCCUCCCCGCUGGCCUCCGUGGGGCUCGUCCGCCGCCUCCCCAGGGUUGUGUGUUUAAAGCCUUGUCCUGUGUUACUGUCUGAUGCUCAUGUCUACUGCUCUUUGAAUCGAGUUUGGAGGAAGAAUUGAAUUGUAUGAGUGGCGGCAUGUUGGUAGUGCCGGACUUCACUGUUUCAAGUUUCUGGGGCCUCGCUAAUUGAAUGUGGAAGUAGCACCGCUUUACGGCUGCACGUGCUGACUCCUGGAUUUUCAGAUGGUGUUUUGACUUUAAGGGCUGGCAGCCCAAGAGGAUGGGGCCGAGGGGGAAGCAAAGACCUCUUCCCUCCGCUGUUUCCCUCCCACCCCGCUGACCCCACUGUGGACAAGAACCUCCCCAGAGUGUUCAAAAACCAAAAUUAACGAACCACACUGCAAAAUUUGCCCCCCUCCCCCCCACCUGCUCCCUGUUCCCAGAUCGCAUACCCCAGGCCCAGGAGCCUCGCUGCCAUGCCCAUCCUCUUUGGGAGAAGUAUGAAUGCGUGUGUCUAAAUUAAAAAAAAAAUAUUUAAACGUUUUUUAACGAAAUAAAAAUUUAUUUUUGUAUUUAAGCUAAAUUGCCUUUUAAAUUCCUUCAAGCUUGGUUCACUGAGGUGGUUAAGUAUAAACGCUAUUGACUAGGAACUAGCUGUAUAGUUAAGUUAUGCCUGUGUGAAGGAGAGGCUCACGCUGUCCCAGGCAGCUUUCCUGAGGGACUGGAGCCCCUUCGGGACACAUUCUAUAAACCGUAAUUCUUAUUUUAUAAAUAAUGUGAUGUAGAUGUGACUUGUCCCCCCCCCCACCUUGCGACCUGAGGUUGAGUGUGGUGCAGGGGACUGCUCGCCCCCAGCCCCAGCAAGAGCGGACAGCGUUUACCUGUGUGGCGCCCAGAGACCCAGACCUCAAGUCCCGAGUACCUGGUGGGGGUGGGGGUGGGCACGGGUCUAGAACCCAGGCUUCUAGUGAUACCUUCCGGAAGGUAGAUCUCUUAGUGUUAGUGCUCCGAGCUAGUUUACCUCAGGUCAACAGGCAGGACACUUGGCCCGGGAGCCCCGGAAGAGGGUGUCCCGGUGCGGCCUGAGUGUGUGUGUGGGUGUGUGUGUGUGUGUGUGUACAUGUACGUGCACUGGACAGGAACGGGAGGCUGGGACUUUCCAUUACAAAUAAAGACUUAAUUCCUGUGAGGCUAGUUGGAAUUUCUAGUAUGAAUGUGAGAUUUGUCUCCUUGCUUAUGUCAUUAAGAAUAAAAAAAAACUGUGA